AUGGCGAAAUUACAUGAUUUGUGUGAAAAAUAUUUCGGAAGUCGGAAUUUUUAUGAAGUUCUUGAAAUACCUAAAACAGCGAGUGACAAAGAAGUAAAAAAAGCCUACCACAAAUUGUCACUGUUGGUGCAUCCCGAUCGUGUAGCUGAAAAUAAAAAGGAAGAAGCCACUGAAAAAUUCCAGGUGCUUGGAUUCAUUCAUUCAAUAUUGAGUGACACUGAAAAACGUAAAAUUUAUGAUGAAACUGGCCAAUACGAUGAAGAGAGUGAAGAAGUUGCGAUGCGGAACUGGGCCGACUAUUGGCGCACACUGUUCAAGGAAGUUACUAUCGAAGACAUCAACAAGUAUGAAAAGGAUUAUAAAGGAUCUGAGACUGAGAUCAAAGAUCUCAAGCGGGCCUACACUGACAAAGCCGUGCCAUUUACUAAUUGUGAUGAAGAGCCUCGCUUGCACGCAAUUAUCCAAAAGCUUAUUGAAGAUGGUGAAGUACCUGAGUACAAGGCUUUUACUAAUGAAAAUGAGAAGAAAAAAGCUCGUCGUAAGCGUAAGGUAAGGAAAAUACUUGAAUUUAUUUUUCUUUUAGUUUCAGGAUUUAUAUUAAAAGUAUCAUCAGCGUGUACGCAAGUGAAAAAUGAAGACAUGAUUGAGUACUCUUGUGAGAACGGUACACUUGCUGACCUUUACUCGAUCCCUGAACGAACUGAAAAAAUCCGCAUAGCAAACAUAGACUUGUCUCAUUUAACCGCGAACACUUUCGGUAGAUUUGGCGACAACCUGUGGGUCCUCUCAUGCUCUCACUGUUCAAUCCAAGAGAUAGAUGACGACGCUUUUAAAACUCUCACCAGCUUGCAGCAGCUAAGGUUGGAUAACAAUAAUUUACGCGUUAUAAAAGCCCAGUGGUUCCAAGGUUUGAAGUAUUUAACCUACUUGGAUUUUAAUUACAACGAGAUUGAGAGUAUUGAAGACGGGGUUUUUGCUAAUUUGCCCGGUCUUGUGGAUCUGAGGAUUGCUGGGAAUAAAUUACAGUGUUUGAAUAUUGAUGAAAUGUCGCACCUGGUGGACUUGAAACGCGUGUUUUUGAACCGUAAUCCCGAAUUCAAGUGCCCGAAUGCGGUGAAUCAGUUGAUGCAGUCCAAGAAUAUUAAUUAUGAACGUGAUGAUGCUUGGGAUAAAAUUACUCAUGAUUUAAUUCAACCUAAAUCUGCUAAAAUUCAUGAAAUUCUUAACAUGCGACCUGAAGAUCCAAGACUUCCUGAAAUCCUUGAAUCACUAAAAAAUAAUCCUCGACUGUACGAACCUGAAAAUCAAAAUAUUUAUGACCCACCUGAAUCAAUCACCGUACUACCUACAGAUCCUUCAAGACCUGAUGAAGAAUCAAGAAACCAUCCAAGGCCAGAAUUAAUGACCGAACCACCAAAAAUCUACCAACGAUUCGACCUAACAAACCCACCUGAAGUAUACGAAAAUUACGAAACAACGCCGAUGUAUCGUGAACGUUUAAUAAUAACUCAUAACCCAGAAUUGCCUUCUAGUACAAGUAAUAUUAAUUAUCCAGUAACAAGCAUGCAUUACCCAACAUCUGUUACUUAUCCUGAUAAAUCAGACACUUAUUCUCGACCUGAAGCUUCAAGAAAUUUUCCAGACAUACCAACCCCACCAGUGUCAGUGCCACAAGAGCCUUAUUAUCCGCGAUCAUCGACCUUUGCUCCAUAUAGCGAAGCAAACGCGCACCGCCUGCCAACGUCCACGUCCAAAAUAUCCUGGACGUCAAACUCAGAGGACAUCAAUACUUUUGACGACAUUUACUACCCGAUUGAGGCAGACCCGCUGUCCAGGGAAGACAACCACAAUAUUAAUUAUCCAGAGUCUGGACAUAAUCCGACCAGGCCUUUUGAACAUGCGAAAGAAGUCACCGACGAAUUAGCAAGCUUGCCUUUGGGCAAUCCUCACACGCUCGAGAAUUAUCAACAGGUUGAUGAAAUGCCGCCGGUGACUAUUUUUACUGCUGAAGAGCAGACCAAUGGACCCGUGACAACGACCACGGACAAACCUCUGCCUAGCUGCAGCUCUUCUUCCUCAAUCGGGUUCGGCGGUUUCAUUGCUAUACUUUGUUUCGCUGUUUCCCAUUCGAUUUUACGAACGAUCUAG